UUAUUCAUUUUUUAACCAGAACUAGUGUCAAAUUCAACUGAUGCUCUAACCUCACCUGUUGGGAAAAGAGGCCACUGAGCAAACCAGGCGUAGACGGUGCCAUCCUCCCGCUGCUGCUGUAGAUCACAGUCAACAUGGCUGCCCACAGGCCCGUGAGGACAGAGCACGAUGAGCUACAUAGAAAGGCCGACCACGUCACAGAUGAGUCCCUGGAGAGUACACGUCGCAUGAUGCAGCUAGUUGAGGAGAGCAGAGAUAAAGGAAUCCUGUGUCUGGUCAUGCUGGAUGAACAAGGAGAACAACUUGAGAGGAUUGAGGAGGGCCUGGAUCAGAUCAACUCUGACAUGAAGGAGGCCGAGAAGAACCUGACAGACCUGGGCAAAUGCUGCUGUCUGUGCUCCUGUGAUAAGCUGAAGGACUUUGAGGAAAGUGGAGCCUAUAAGAAAGUGUGGGGGGACAGCCAGGAUGGGGUGGUGUCCAGCCAGCCGUCCUCACAUGUCGCGGAUGAGAGAGAGCAGAUGGUCAUGAGUGGUGGCUACAUACACAGGGUGACAAAUGAUUCACGUGAAGAUGAGAUGGAGGAGAAUCUGAGACAUGUAGGCAGCAUGUUAGGCAACCUGAAGAGCAUAGCACAGGAUGUGGGCAAUGAGAUUGACACACAAAAUCUCCAGAUAAACCGCAUUGAUGUCAAGACCAACCUCAAUGUUUCCUGCAUUGAUGCUGCCAGUCGACAAGCUAAGAAUCUAAUGAAGAAUUAGAGGAAGAGGAAC